UCAAAACUAUAAAAAAAAAAAAAUCUUUAGAAGUCCUUCACCAAAUCUAUAAACCCACGUGUUUUUUUCCCUUUGUAAUCAUACACCGAAAUGAAUUCCAUCGUUUCCAAAGCUCUGUUCGUAGCUUUUUCCGUAUGGUUUUCGAGUUUUCGAUGUACGGACAGCCUCGUCACGGCGAUCUUCGCGUUCGGAGAUUCGAUUCUCGACACCGGCAACAACAACAAUCUACCGGCCGUAUCCAGAUGCAAUUUCUUCCCGUACGGAAUCAAUUUUCCUAAUGGUUCACCCACCGGAAGAUAUUCCAAUGGAAAAGUUCCCACCGAUUUAAUCGCCGAAGCUUUGGGGAUAAAACAAACCGUGCCCGCAUACCGUAAACCGGAUCUUAAACCGGAUGAUCUCUUAACCGGUGUCUGUUUCGCAUCCGGUGGCUCCGGUUUAGAUAAACUCACUGCCAAAAUACAGAAUGUUAUAUGGGUGCGGGACCAAGUAAACGACUUCAAAGAUUACAUAGGAAAGCUAAAUUCUGUAACCGGAGAUCCAAACAAAACACAAUCAAUCAUAUCGAAUGCCGUAUUUCUCAUCAGCGCCGGAAAUAACGAUAUCGGCAUCACUUAUUUCUCCGGUGCUAAAGCUUCACAAUACAGUAUAUCUGAAUAUACAGACCUCUUGAUCACGUGGACAAGAUCCAUUUUAAAGGAUUUGUAUGAUGUUGGAGUAAGAAAAUUCGGAGUAAUGGGAACGUUACCAUUGGGCUGUCUACCGUUCCACACUAAUAUGCGUAGAGGGUUAUGCUUCAAAACUAAGAAUCGUGUGGCCAAGAUGUUCAACCACAAGUUAUCGGCCGAGCUUAGCGAUCUAAACUCGAAGCUACCGAACGCUAGAUUCAUCUACAUCGACAUGUACAACUCUUUUCUUGAUCUCGUAAAAAACCCUCAGAAAUCAGGGUUUACGACGGGGACAAGGCCGAGCUGUUUCAGGGUGACGAACCCGUGGUGGUGCGUGGAGCCAACCAAGCACGUGUUUUUCGACUACGUCCAUCCCACGGAGCAAGCCUUCCGUGUCGCUCUCUCCCCCGCCAUGGACCGACUUCGCAACGACCUCUCUUAGUCAUUCUAUUUCUUCCUUUU